ACCAAAACUUGACUAACGUCAGACUUCCUAACAACCUGAUGUCAUUAUAUUUUCUGCUGUAGCUCACAUCACAACCAGUUUCGAUUGAAAAAUAAUAUUAAAAAAAAGUAAAAAUAUUUCCCGAAGGAAAUUCUACGGUAUUGGUAUUCAAGAUGUCGGACUACUCAAAGUUUCUGUCCAACCUGACGGAUCAGCUGGGCCUGCUGCAAGGACUUUCGCCCAAGGGACUGGGCGGACUGGGCAACAAUCUGGGCAACCUGCGCCCCGCCCACAAGGCUCUGAUGUGCGUGGGCGCGGCCACCGUGGCCUGCGUGGUCCUGGGCCUCACCGUCAAGUCCUUGAGGGGGCGUGGCCGCAAGGACGACAAGCGGAGGAUCAUCAAGAUGCGCAACGGAGUGCCGAUCCAGCGUGACCUCGAGGGAUCCGUCAAGGACGAGGGGUCCGUUGGCGAGGGGAACGUCGGUGGUGUGGUGCACCAUGUGGACUAAGGGUCCCCAAUUAUGGAGAACACGUGCCACGAAAAAUCCCCAGCACCAUCACCACCACCAUCACCACCAGCACCACCACCAGCACCACCACCAGCACCACCACAUGUGCCAUAUUUAACCCUGUGUUCUGCGUUCCUGAGUUCUAUGUAUAUUUUGUAAUUUUCUACCGUUUUCAAGAGCGGUUACACACAGAACAUCUGUUCAAAAUUUUAUAAAUGCCCUUUCACCUGCCACCAUUUUGGAAACCUAACCAGCCACAAAUUUAUUCUUGGUCAUAAACUCUUGAAGUCAUCAGCA